UUGUGUAUAAAGAAACAAGACCGUUUCUUUUCCGUUUCCUCUCUGUCACACAAAGAAUAUAUAGGGAGCAAAUCCAGGCAUUAAAUUCUUCUCGUUGAGAACACAAAAGCUUUUCUUCUCACACAGAGAGGGGCUCUUCUUUGCAUGGAAAUCUAGGGCAAGGGUGGUGCUUCCGGCUUCCCUUGACAUAGUCUAAAGUUUGGUGGCUGAAACCAUGUCUGCUGCAGUCUGUAGAAAGAGGUCACUUUUCGAAGAGCUACACUCCUCUCCCUCUUCUCUUUCUUUGAAGAGGUUUCGCUGCUCUGGAGAUUCUACCUCUCCCAUUCAGUUCUCUUUUCCCUCUUCUCAUACCCCUCUCUCUCUACUAAGGGAGCUCUUUCCCAGCAUGGAUGAACAGCUUCUUGAGCGAGCUUUGCUAGAAUGCGGCCAUGAUUUAGAUUCCGCAAUUAAGAGUUUGAAUAACCUAUGUCUGGGAUUUGCUGAGGGACAAUUGGUUUCCCCGACAACAGAACUUGAUGCCAGCAUUGGGGCAAAUACUGUAUUACCUUCUGAAGGUCUAGUGAAUGGAGACAAUGCUUCAUCAACCAAUGAAGAUAUCCCAAGUGACAUCCCAAAAGAUGGUGCAGAAUGGGUGGAGCUGUUUGUGUGGGAGAUGACGAAUGCUUCUAAUGUGGAGGAUGCAAGAGUUCGUGCUUCAAGGAUCUUGAAGGGAUUAGAAAAAUGUAUUGGGUCACGUGCUGGUGCUAUGGUAGCAGACAGCAUUCACAAGGAGAAUGUGAUUCUUAAGGAACAAGCAGAAGUGCUUCUUCGAGAGAACAACAUUCUCAAGCGAGCGGUAACCAUCCAACAUGAACGAAUAAAGGAAUAUGGUGAGAGAUGUAGGGAACUUCAACACCUCAAACAGCUCAUGUCACAGUAUGAUAAGCAGGUCCGAAAUCUUGAGGUGAAUAACUAUGCGCUAAAAAUCCAUCUUCAGCAAGCUCAGCAGAAUAGCUCCAUUCCGGGCCACUUCCAUCCUGAUGUGUUUUAAUUAGGUGGUUGGUUUUACUUGUUUCUGCAUCAUUUACAUGUAAAUCUAUGAAAGAAAUAUUAUUUCCAUAUAUUUAUCAGAGCAAAUCUGUUUUAAAAGUUUCUGUAUCCAACAGAACUAAGCCAGUUCAUGGUUCAUCUCGUUUGAAUAAAUCAUUGAAUCGAAAAAGAUUCCACCUGG